ACCAUGCUGUAGUACGGCUGCAUUGGCUCACUUAACCCUUCUGCAGGCACGAAUGUUGUAACUCCUGUCUCUCUUGGAGAAAGGAAGGAACACCUCCCUCCGCAGAGGGUUAGCAAGAGACAGACAAGUAAUCCUGCAAACUACCACCACCACCAUGAAGAUAUCAAAUGUUCUUGUUCUCAUCUUAGUCCUGCUUUACAUCAGUGCCAGCACAGAAUGGCCUACGCAUACAGUCUGCAAAGAGGACAACUUGGAAAUAUAUUACAAAAGCUGUGAUCCCCACCAAGAUUUUGCUUUCAGCAUUGACCGAUGUUCUGAUAUCUCAACCCACACCUUUAACAUCAGAGCUGCAAUCUUGCUAAGACACAGCAUCAAGGAACUGUAUGUCAAGCUUAACCUCAUCAUAAAUGGGAAGACCGUCUUAACCUACUCCGAGACGCUUUGUGAGCCGGGUCUUUCUAAGCUUAUUUUCUGUGGAAAGAAGAAAGGAGAGCACCUCUACUAUGAGGGACCAGUCACACUGGGCAUCAAAGAAAUCCCACAGGGAGAUUACGUUGUUUCAGCAGAGCUGACUAAUGAAGACCAAGACACUGUCGCUUGUGCCUAUAUUACCGUGAAAAAUUAUCUAGAUUAUGAUUAGCAACAAGGCGAUUUCAUGCGAGCUACCAAAGCUAUUCGAGCCAAGCGAGCUGCUUGCCUGCCACAAUGAUUCUGAAGGAAACAAUCCCCACGUGGUGGUGCGAAUGCUAUUCCUCUUCAUAAUUCACUAUUUUCAAGAUGUGACUAGACCCCCUAGUGGUAAUUUUCUUCUCUAAGGCACACUGUAGCCUACUUUUUCCUUUCAAUAUAUACAGCUGCAAGUAGAAAGUAUCUGAUAUCAACAUUCUCAUCUUGGGAUGAAAAUAGCAUGAGGCAGAACAGGCAAGAGCCUAAACUUCUCUUUUUUUUCCCCAGUAAAUUAUGGAAGUAUCAUUUCUAACAGGCUGAAGAUGAUUUUCAUUUUUAUCACUUAUCAUGCAGUUACAGCACUCAACAUUUUCAAUCUUCUCCAGAGCCUGUCUGGAGCUUCCACUAGUAUAGAUUUUGCUAUACCACAGAACAAAGACCACAUAGUAUGAACAUGGAUUUUUCCCAGUGAUCCAUGCCCUGUUACCAGAUUCACAUCACUCAAGUCUUCUGGGGUCUACCCAGAAUUCCACUCUUUAAUGUCUUUUAAGUGAUAUGUGAAUCAUUCUGCCAUGUGUUAUGUGCUCUUCUUGCUUCUCAAUAAAUUCAUAAUGAAAAGAAA